CGACCCGAUGCAGCCCCGGCGACAGCUCUAAGUUCAACCCCAGCCAGCUCCCGAUCUCUUGCCAGACUGUCCUUGUAUCAACGUCACAGUUCCAUUUCUUCUUCCUCCAUCCUCUUACCACGUCCGCUCUUUGCCUCUCCGAUCAUCAUGGCGACCGGCGUCGACGCAAAGCUCCUAAAGUCCACCAAAUUCCCUGCGGAAUUCAAUCAAAAGGUUGACAUGCAAAAAGUCAACCUUCAGGUGAUGAAAAAGUGGAUAGCCAGCAAAAUUUCCGACAUCCUGGGAAGCGAAGAUGACGUUGUUAUCGAGCUUUGUUUCAAUCUGAUCGAAGGGCCCCGAUUUCCAGACAUCAAAGCUUUACAAAUACAACUUACGGGCUUCUUGGACAAGGACACGGCGCCAUUCUGCAGGGAACUAUGGAAAUUGUUCUUGAGUGCCCAAACAAGCCCUCAGGGUGUGCCCAAAGAACUUCUAGAGGCCAAGAAGCUAGAGCUGAUACAAGAAAAGAUGGAAGCCGAUCGCGCUGCAGACGAGGCACGACGCCGCCGAGGCGAUAUCGACAGGCGUCAACAAGAUGGCCCGGCACCGAGAGAUAGGGAUCGCGGUGAACGCGGACGCGGCCGCGGCGGCGGUGGAGACAUGUGGCGCGGUCGCAACAGUGACAGGGACUACGACCCAAGAGGUAGACACGGAGGACGGUUUGGUGGCAACAGGUCGCGCUCACCGGCUGCGAGGAACCGUGAUCAGAGGGACAGAGGCUCGUUCCGUGGGUCCACUAGAGACAGCUAUGUCCCAAGGAAUCGCGGUCUCGACAGCCGAGUAUCUGGCCGUCUUCGCAACGACACGCGCUCUCCGUCUCCGGCAUCCGCCACCUCACGGUCGCGCAGCCCCGAUCGCAAGCGGGACUCUAGCCGUGGCUCGCCCCCGGCCCCUGCCCGACGAACUCGUCGAGAACGCAGCGUAUCCAGCCCCAGGCCUACGAGAAAUCGAUCGGCGUCGCCGAGAAGGAGCCAGGGGAAGUAUCGCGAAUCACGAAGGAAAAGGAGAUCUUCACGAAGCCCUUCGACGCCCUCAACAUCGCCUGAUAAGCGGGCGGCUGCAAAGCGCCGUAGAUACUCCUCAUCACGGAGUCGUUCGCCAGGUCGUGAGAGACGAUCCCGCAGUAGAAGCUCGAACUUAGCAUCAUCUCGAAGUCCUAGAUCACGCAGCCGUAGCUCUACGCGUCGAACCUCUCGGGGACGUGCAAGUCCGAGAUCUCGAAGCAGUCCCCGACAUCGCCACGAUAGUAGCGUCUCUCGCUCUUCGGAUCCCAGCGGUCGAGGAGCAACAGCCGAUAAUAUCAACGAGACUGAUCGCGAGAGCAGGAGAGGCCAAGGAGAGGGAGAGGGUGAGGCAAAAGGAAGCAGAAGACGCAAUUCAUAGCCUCGCCGCAUGGAGAUCGGCUGAUGACUAUAAGAGGCGACUUCCAAACUUUGCACAACUUUAACCAGGCCGAUUCCUGCGUCACAAGACGAUAGGUGGGUGGCGAUGCUUGGAACGGCAUCCGACAACUCAAACAGGUCUGGCUAAUCUGAUACUGGCACUAUGCAGAUGCAUCGUUGCCAGGUCUUCCAGCAGCAUUGGUGAAGGCAAAAGAUCACGGGAGAAUGGUGAAAAAUUAGAGACGCUAAGCUCGCAUUUCGCCUCAUUUACAACCGGCUCAGGCUAAUCGUCUAAGAAGUUUUGCUGCAUACCUUACACAAACAUACGAACUCGCUGGUCAAUUGGGUGGAGGGCCCAAGGCGAAGCCAUUCGCUUAAUUUGGUACGUUAACUGUAUCUUCUCGAGUCCCAUAGACAUAAGGCACCUGAGGGAUUCUGCCUACCUCUUCCGUGACAGCUGUUUAUACAGUUCGGUCUCUACUAUCUUGCAUUUCUUUUUGCCCAACAAAGUACCAAGAAUGGCACGACACAGCCAUGGUUCUAAUUCGUCAUUCCGUUUUCUACCAUCACCGUUGCUAUUUGAUCCAAAGUCAAGUACGGCCUUGGAGAAGGGAGGGAAAUACCAGACUCAAGUCGGCAAUGACCACGAAUUCGUAAGCUAGAUAGCCAUGAUCAUUUCAAUUAAACUGGUCCAC